GACUUUUUGAUCAGCAAGCCGUAAAAACUAAAGUGUUCUUUCAUAAGGACCAGUUGYCUGUCUACCGWCUGGCAUCAACAUGAAGCUCAGUAUAAUUUUGCUGCUUGUKUUUGGCUUUCUUKCCUUCACCUUUGCUGCUGCUGCAGCUGAGGAGGAGAACCAAGACGAGGUCAAUCCAAAAGAGGCCACCAGAGAAGAUCCUGACGAGCCCGAAAAUGAGCUAUCCAAAGCAGAGUUUGAUGAAGAUGAUGAUUCUCCAAGUGCAGAUCCAAUCAGCAAACAUUACCGUCGCCGCCGUUCCAUAACGAGACGCCGUCACCACCAAUGGAGUCGCCGCCGUUCCCAUGCUCGCCGCCGCCACCACUGGCGUCGCCGCCGUUUCAUAACGAGACGCCGUCACCACCAAUGGAGUCGCCGCCGUUCCCAUGUUCGCCGCCGCCACCACUGGCGUCGCCGUCGUUUCAUAACGAGACGCCGUCACCACCAAUGGAGUCGCCGUCGCUACCACUGGCGUCGCCGUCGCUACCACUGGCGUCGCCGUCGCCGAUAUAGUCGAGGUUGAUCCCGAUUUUAUUGGUACAAACGAUGCAUCAAGCCGGGAUAAUGUCCCUGCUCUCGUCGAUGCAUCAUUUUUUUGCGUAAAAUGAACGGCAUAGAUUUCCAGGACCUCGAAAUGUUGACAUAGACUASUACUUAUUCAUAUAAACUCACCCGUUUAAUCUUGCACAAAGUGGUUGUGUAUCUGUACUGCUUUCAUUUCUCGUCUAAAGAGAAAUACGGCAACAAUGUCAGAGAAAUGCAAUAGUAUGGGUAAGGACAUUAAAGGGACAUCAUCAGCCGGCAUUCAUUGCGAUCUUGAUUUAGUUUCCUAUAUCCGUUGAUCACAAUCCCAAUAUAGAAUGUUGCAGCUUCAUCUAAAGAGGAUAAAAUGCUAAUAAGAAGUAAGUUUUUGUCCAUGCAGUCGCUUUCAACAGUAAUCGAAGUGAAAUAAAGUGUGCCUUUGCUCUUUAAAAAACGUGCAAAAUAAGACUAAUAAAUUGAUAACCACGAAAACAAAUGCAUUGCUACGUAUUCUUAUAUAUUUCAAAUGAAAUCAAAUGCUCGAAAGGGAUGCUGGUUGUUAAUGGUCCUUUGAACCGAGUUGAUCACUGUAAUUUUCAAGGAAUAGAAUCAUUAAAGAAACACAAUUACCAAUAUA